AUCUUGACGCACAUGGCCGUCCCGCCCCCUGCGAUACGCCCGUCGAUCGCCAUGGGCGCCGCCCGCAGCGAGGACGACAUCACGGCGAAGUUUGUCGAGAUCAUCAAGGUCAACAACAUGGUGAAGACGCAGGUCGAGGCAGGGGCUGGCGAGCACAUUGUGAUGGAGUUCUCGAAGCUGCUCCAGUGGCACAUCUUCACGCUGAGCGACAACAACAUCAUCGGAGUCCCCCAGGCCCAGACCAAGUCGAAGCGGCCGCUGAAGUCGAUCCGCGAGAGGCUGAAGUCCAAGGAGGGCCGCCUGAGAGGCACGCUGAUGGGGAAGCGGGUCGACUACUGCGCGCGCAGCGUCAUCGGCGGGGACCCGAACCUGAACACCGAGCAGGUCGGCGUCCCGAGGUCGAUCGCGCUCAACCUUACGUUUCCGGAGCGGGUCACGCCCCACAACAUGGAGAAGAUGAAGAAGCUCGUCAAGAACGGGCCGACGACGUGGCCCGGGGCGCGAUACGUCGUCCGGGACGACGGCAGUCGCGUCGAUUUGCGCUUCGUGAGCGACCUCUCGCUAGUCGAGCUGCGGCUCGGGUGGAGGGUCGAGCGGCACAUGUUAGACGGAGACUAUGUCAUCUUCAACCGGCAGCCGUCCUUGCACAAGAUGUCCAUGAUGGGGCAUCGCGCGAAGGUGAUGCCUUUCUCCACUCUGCGCUUCAACCUUUCUGUCACUCCCCCGUACAACGCAGAUUUCGAUGGUGAUGAGAUGAACCUGCACUUGGCGCAAUCCCACGAGACCCGUUCCGAGAUCAAGCACCUCAUGCUGAACCCACGGAUGCUCACUUCGCCACAGGGGAACAAGCCAGUGAUGGCGAUGGUGCAGGACAGUCUUUUGGCUGUCGCCAAGUACACCAAGCGGGACACGUUCAUGGAGAAGGACAUCGCCAUGAACAUCUUGAUGUGGGUGCCACACUGGGACGGCACCCUUCCGACUCCUGCGAUCUUGAAGCCCAAGGAGAUGUGGACGGGUAAGCAGCUGUUCUCGCUGCUGCUGCCCAACACCUUGUCGAUGCAGCGCGAGUCUGCCAUCGCGUCCAAGAACAAGAAGGACGAGAAAGACUUCGCGGCAAGCGACUGCAAGGUGGUCAUCCAAAACGGUCAGCUGCUCUCUGGCAUCGUCUGCAAGAAGACGGUCGGCUCGAGCUCCGGCUCCUUGCUGCACCUGCUGUGGCUGGACGGCGGCCCCGAGGUGUGCCGCGACUUCCUGUCGUUCAUCCAGAAGAUGGUCAACCAGUGGUUGACGCACAACGGCUUCUCCUGCGGCGUCGCCGACAUCAUUGCCAACGACGAGACCCUCCUGAGCGUGGAGAAGACGUUGAAGCAGGCAAAGGCCGAGGUGAGGAACAUUCUGGCCGACGCUCAGCGUGGGAAGCUGGAGACUCAGCCCGGCAAGACAAUGUACCAGUCCUUCGAGGCGAAAGUCAAUCAGCGUCUGAACGCGGCCCGGGAGGACGCUGGCAAUAUCGGUUCCAGUUCUCUGGACGAGCGUAACAAUAUCAUCUCGAUGGUGAAUGCAGGCAGCAAGGGUUCGCCCAUUAAUAUCGCCCAGAUUAUUGCUUGCGUCGGUCAGCAGAACGUGGAGGGUUCUCGCAUAAGGUACGGCUUCAACGACAGAACGCUGCCUCACUUUACCAAGGACGACUACGGCGCAGAAUCCCGGGGCUUCGUUGAGAAUUCGUACUUGGCAGGCCUCACGCCGCAAGAGGUGUGGAUGCACGCCAUGGGCGGUCGCGAAGGAGUCAUUGACACCGCUUGUAAGACAUCAGAAACAGGGUAUAUUCAGAGACGUUUGGUCAAGUCGAUGGAGACGUUGAGGUGCCACUACGACGGGACCUCGCGAAAUGGAGCCAACGACAUCAUCCAGUUCCUUUAUGGGGAGGAUGGCAUGGACGGGGUGCUGAUCGAGGACCAGACCCUCGAGAUCAUGACGUACGACAACCAGUCCAUGGAGAGGACCUUCAGGCACGACUACCACUCCGAGAAUUACGGGCUCCCGUGGCUGCCACCGGAAGUCCUGGAGAAGAUCAAGUCCAGUGCUGAGGAGCAGGCAACCCUCGACGACGAGUGGAGCGAGCUGAAGCGCCUGAAGGAGAUGAUAUGUACGGAGGUCUUCCCAGACGGGGACUCCAAGCAGCACAUCCCCGUCAACAUCUCCCGGAUCAUGGGCCGGGCCAAGAUGCGGAGCUUGCAGGAGGACCCCGGCAAUCGGAACGAGAAGUACUCGCCCGUGGAGAUCUGCCAUAAGGUGAACCAGCUCAUGCAGGAGCUGGAGGUGACGCGCGCGAUCCAGGAGGGCGACGUCAUCGGGCGCGAGGUGGAGGACAACGCGAAGAUCGUGCUGAACGCGCACGUCCGCUGCCACCUGGCCUCGAGGAAGAUCCUGCAGAAAGACGGCCUGACAAAGCAGUCUUUCGACUGGCUCAUGGGCGAGAUCAAGCAGCGCUUCAUGAAGUCGUGCGUGAACGCGGGUGAGAUGAUCGGCACGUUGGCGGCGCAGAGCGUAGGGGAGCCAGCCACACAAAUGACCCUCAACACGUUCCACUUCGCCGGUGUCGGGGCGAAGAACGUGACCCUGGGAGUGCCCCGCCUGAAGGAGUUGAUCAACGUGGCCAAGACUGUGAAGACACCCUCCCUGGCGGUCUACCUGAACGGGGACCUGGGCAAGAACCAGGAGAGGGCCAAGGACGUGCAGAGCACGCUGGAGCACACGACGCUGCAGAAGGUCACCGCCUUCACGCAGAUCUUCUGGGACCCGGACCCGGUGAACACCCGCGUGGUGGAAGACAAGGAGUGGGUCAGCGAGUACUACGAGCUCCCGGACGAGGACGACAACCCGGCCCGGUGCGGCGCGUGGCUCCUCCGCAUCCAGCUCAGCAACAAGGUCAUGACCGACAAGAAGCUCACGGUGCGAGAGGUCGGCGAGCGGAUCAUCCACGACUUCCUCGGGGACCUGGACUGCAUCUUCACGGACGACAACGCCGAGGAGCUCGUGCUGCGCAUCCGGCUCAUCAAGGAACCUUCCGACGUGGGGCAGGACCCGGUCCCGUGGGAUUUCAAUGACGACAGGGAGGACAAGGACUUCAAGUUCCUGAGGAGCAUCGAAGGCAACAUCCUGAAGGAGAUGUCGUUGAAGGGGAUACAUGGCAUCAAGAAAGUCUUCAUGCGCGAGGACACCAUCUCCCGUUACAACGAGAGCAAGGUCUGGGCAGAAGUUUUGCGCACUGUUGCGCCAAUGUUGUCCUACUAUUCCUCUUCCUUUUCCUCCUGA